AUGAAUAGAUUUAAAACUUAUUUAUUAGCUGUUAGACCAUGGUCGUUUACUGCCAGUAUGAUGCCACUUUUAUUGGGAAGUGCUCUUGCAUAUUCAUAUUUACGUACUAUAUCGAUUCAUAUUUUAUUUCUAACUUCUGUAUCAACGUUAUGUGUUCAUGCAGCUGGUAAUUUAUUUAAUACUUAUUAUGAUUAUAUACAUGGUGUUGAUAUUCCACCAAAUAUCAAUAAAACAGGAAAAACAAAUGAAAUUGAUAAUAUCGAUGAUCGUACAUUAAUCGACGGUUUACUUAAACCAAAUGAAAUUGUUCGACUUGGUUUAAUAUUAUAUGCAAUCGGAACCAUUGCCUUUGUUUUAUUAACAUAUUAUUCACCAGCAAAAGAACCAUAUUUAGCUUUAAUAUAUUUUGGUGCUUUACCACUCUCAUUUCUUUAUACAGGAGGCAUUGGUUUUAAAUAUAUCGCUCUUGGUGAUAUACUUAUUCUAUUAACAUUUGGUCCUAUUACUGUCAUAUCUUCCUAUAUGGCCCAAACAGGUCAAUAUAGUAUAUAUCCAAUACUUUAUGCUUUACCUUUAACAUUAAGUACUGAAGCUAUUCUUCAUAGUAAUAAUACACGUGACAUGGAACAUGAUCGAUCUGUUGGUAUAUUAACAUUAUCAAUAAUACUUGGUAAACGAUAUUCUUAUUAUGUCUAUUGUUUAUUAAUGUAUUCACCAUAUGUAAUUAUAAGUUAUAUUAUAAUAAAUAUUUCUUGGUUUUGUUUUUUACCAUUUUUCACAAUAAAACAUGCUUAUCAUUUAUGUGAAGAAUUUAAACAUGAACAAUUUAUUAAGUUACCUAAUCGAACAGCUAAAUUUAAUUUUUUAUUUGGUUUUCUUUAUAUACUUUCUAUUAUUAUAUCAAAUACAGUACAAAAAGACCAAAAAUUUGUUUUUUAA